GACUACUAUCAUUGGAGACUUAAGAAAGGGAAUGUCUUGAAAUUUUCGCAUGAUUCUGUUGCCACAAAAUCACAAUUAGCUCAAUGAAUUACUGAUGUCAUGGUUGGAUCACGAACUCUGAUUGGAGGAAUUUUUAGACGCUCAGGCCUUAAGCGCUUUGAAAGUAAUAAAUAUUUGGAUUACACCCUCACUCCUAUACAGAAGGAGCGUCUUCAAAGGCUUCAAGAAAGAUUGAACAUACCAUUUGAUGAAGAAAGCCUUGAACAUCAAUCGAAAGCUCUUAUAGAUUUGUGGUAUUUAGCAUAUCCAGAUGUUAAACUUCAAGGUUUGACCUCAGAGCAAUGGAAGGAUAUGGGGUGGCAAGGAGUCAAUCCAUCAACCGACUUCAGGGGUUGCAGUUUUAUUUCACUAGAGAAUUUACUGUUUUUAGCUAAAAAAAUUACGUCUACUUUUCGUAGGUUAUUAUUUAAAGAAUCUGGUGAACGAGCAACAUGGAAAUACCCUAUUGCCUCAAGCUCUUGGAAGCCACUGGCAUUUCUACUGUCCCUGGUUCAGGCUUUUGCCAAAAAGAAGGGUAGCUUACUUUUCUCCUUUGCCAUUUAUACCCUUCUUGUUUAUUUAUUUAAUAAAUUAGUUUUGAAGUCCUGGUAAUAUCUUUUUUUUAUUUCAUUUAUUAUCGAGUUAUUUUUUUACAUUAAGAAUUAUUUUGUUUUGUUUGGUAUGAUGGAAUCGCAAGAAUGGAAUGAAAUUGAGCAUUCCCAAAGGCAUUUGAAUUUUGAUUCCUUCCAUUUUGUUAAUUUUCAUUCCGUCCUGGAUUGGAAUGAAAAUUGUAAUAUAACCCUUUUUAUUAAAUUUUUUUUAGUAUUUCAUGAUAUUAAUUAAAUGUUAUUAACAAAUAGCCGCAAUGAAUAGCUCAUGUCUAAAGGAAACUAAUCAUCACAUUAAAACUAUCUUUCGAAAGAAACUUUUUGCUGCCCGACGCUUAGCGCGGGUAAACGGCUAGUCAUAUUAAAGAUGUUUAUAUGUUAUGUUCUAGGAUUUGGUUUUUGUCCCCUUAAUUCUAGUAUGUGU